UAUAAACAUGGCCCAUUCACUUAGUCCACUCAAAGGAGAAGAUCAUGGCAUCAAGACCAGGACUAUUCACAGAAUGGCCAUGGCAAAGGCUCGGUAGAUUUAAGUACUUGGUAUUGGCUCCUUGGGUUGCACAUAGUGUGUAUUCAUAUGUGAUGGAUGACGAGAAGGAGAGGGAUCUGUCAAGAUUGAUGAUAUUGUCGGUAUUGCUGCUGAAGGCAGCAUACACUCAGAUGUGGAUCACCCUUGCGAGGCUCAAGAUGGUGAAAGGCAAGAAUAGGAUUGUUAACAAGGGGCUCGAGUUUGAACAGGUGGACCGAGAAACAAAUUGGGACGAUUCCAUCAUCAUGAAUGGUUUAAUAUUUUAUAUAUCAAAUUUAUAUGUACCUGGAGCCGGACACCUCCCUUGGUGGAACACCAAAGGCAUAAUUAUCGCAUUUCUGGUCCAUUUGGGUCCUGUCGAGUUCCUCUAUUACUGGUUCCACAGGGUUUUGCAUCACCAUUUUUUGUAUGCUCGUUAUCACUCCCACCAUCAUGCUUCUAUAGUGACAGAGCCAAUCACCUCUGUCAUACAUCCAUUCAUCGAGGAAUUUAUCUAUUUUAUACUAUUUUCCAUGCCAUUUUUUUCUAUGGCGUUCACGCGUACGACUAGCAUGAUAGCAGGAGUUGGAUAUCUUGCUUAUAUUGAUGUCAUGAACUACAUGGGACAUUGCAACUUUGAAAUGGUCCCUAAAUGGGUUUUUGAUUGGUUUCCACCACUAAAGUACCUAAUGUAUACCCCAUCGUAUCAUUCCCUUCAUCAUACACAAUUUAGGACGAAUUAUGCAUUGUUCAUGCCGUUCUAUGACUAUAUAUAUGGAACGAUGGACAAGUCCUCUGAUGAAUUGUACGAGAAGUCGCUACAAGUGAAGGAGGAGACACCAAAUGUAGUGCAUUUGACUCACCUAACUACUUUGCAAUCUAUAUAUCAUUUACCAAUUGGGUUCUCUGCAAUGGCUUCUAAGCCAUUUCUUCCGAAUUUUUAUACAUGGUUGAUGUGGCCACUGACCUAUGGAGCCAUGCUACUGACUUGGAUUUAUGGUUCAGCCAUCGCAUUGGAGAGAAACAAGUUAAAGAAACUUGAAAUGCAAACAUGGAUAAUACCUCGCUAUAGUUUCCAAUAUUUCUUGUCUAGAGAGAAGGACAAGAUCAACAGAUUGAUUGAGGAGGCGAUAAUGGAGGCGGAAACCAAAGGGGUUAGAGUUUUAAGUUUAGGCCUCUUGAAUCAGAGGGAGGAACUGAAUAAAAGUGGUGAGCUUUACCUUCAAAAGCAUCCAAAGCUCAAAAUACGAAUAGUGGAUGGAAGUAGCCUAGUAGCUGCGGUCGUCAUCAACAGCAUCCCUCAGGGGACUGAUCAAGUUCUGCUCAAAGGAAAGCUUUCUAAGAUAUCUGGUGCAAUAACCAUAGCAUUAUGCCAAAAGGAUGUUAAGGUGGCAAUAUCUCGUAGAGAAGAAUUUGAGAUGCUGAAAAUUUGCAUGCCGACAAAUUUAGCUAGCAAUCUAGUCCUCUCCAACAAUUAUGAUUCCAGAGUAUGGUUGGUGGGAGAUGGACUGCACGAUGAAGAGCAACUAAAGGCAAAUAAAGAGACACAUUUCAUCCCAUUCUCCCAAUUCCCCCCAAAAAAUCUCCGAAAAGACUGCAUUUACCACAGCACACCUGCACUCAUUGUUCCUAAGGAAUUUGAGAACUUACACGCUUGUGAGAAUUGGCUACCGAGGAGAGUGAUAAGUGCAUGGAGAGUAGCUGGAAUGGUGCAUGCACUUGAAGGAUGGGAUACACAUGAAUGCGGUCGAAAUAUGAACGAUAUCGACAAAGUAUGGGAUGCUACUCUUCGUCAUGGGUUUCUUCCCUUGAAUUGCCUUAAAUAAUAGCUAAGGCUCGAGGGUUUGUGCUAGCACUAGAUAACUGUACUGUGUCAAGAAGCGAAAUCUAUGCACGUAACGUUUGGCAGUAAUAAGGACUGGGCAUAAGGGCUAACGGUCCGAUACGAUUUGAAUCUGGGUCGCUCUGAUACCAUCUUUUCUUCAACUACACCAAAACUCUUGUGGUGAUGAUGGGAUUGAGGACUAUGAUUUGUACUCCAACAAUGUGUUAAUGAAUGUUGAAAUUUAUGUAAUAAUGAUCAUGUCAAGCUAACAAAUUUGCUAUCAAGAUAGAAUUUUCCCCCCCC